UUUCCAUGCGGCAUGGGGUCAAACUCGGGUACAUGUACCCGAGUCGGAAAAAAUCAUCUCGCCGCUAGAAAGGAGCAGUAUAUAUGGCCUCUAGUGUUGGAGUUAGGACGCUAAUCAUUUGUUUCUCUGUUUAACUCCAGACAAUACCUUAAAUAUCAGCCAAACUAUCAAUUGAUGCUUCACCUGUGGUCGCGCAUUCUCUAUCGUAGUCCAACACCCCGAGUAACAGUCUUGGCCUUUUCCCAACCGCAAGUCCUCAGUUGUAAGGCAAGGGCUUUGAAUUCAGCGACACAGAGAGCAGAUUCUAGCUCCUCGAUCAAAGAUAAAAUGACCAAGACAGUACCGACGACAUCAUUGCGCUAUGCGGAUGUCGCAGUUACAUACACCGCAGACCAAUUUCAGGGCAUCUAUCGAGGCAAACAAUACCAUGAACCAGACUUCGCAGAAGUCCUUAAACGUGCCAAAGAAAAUGGCUGCGAAAAGAUCAUGCUCACUACCAUGACCCUCCCAGGAGCUCAUGAGAACUGGAAAGUCGUGAAAGAAUUCCCGGACAUGUGCACCAUGACAUUAGGGGUGCAUCCGUAUCAUGCGGGCGAGAUAUACGCCGAAAAUGAGGGAAGCAAGUAUCUUCAAAACCUUCGCGAGCUUGGAGAAACCCUUCGAGCCGAGAACCCGUCGCCGCUAGUGGCUUUCGGAGAGAUUGGACUUGACUAUGAGUAUCUGGACCGUGCCGAUAAAGCGAUACAGCAGCGUGCUUUCCGUGAUCAGCUCGAUAUGGCCGUUGAAAUGCAGUUACCUCUUUUUCUACACGUGCGCGAGUCGUGUGCUGAUUUCAUUUCGAUCAUCCGACCUUACUUGUCCAAGUUGCCGCGCGGUGGCCUGGUGCAUUCUUUCGCUGGGUCGAAGGAGGAGAUGUUGCAGUUGGUUGAGUUGGGCUUUGACAUCAGUGUCAAUGGUGUUUGUUUCCGUACUGAAGAACAACUGGAGAUGGUCUGCCACAUUCCCUUGGACAAACUGCAGCUUGAGACCGAUGCUCCGUGGUGUGAGAUCCAAAACAAUGACGAGAAAAUUGCCCCAUACCUCACCAAUGCAAAGCCAUUACCUCCGUCUCGCAAGCACAACAAGUUUAUUCUGGGUCAGAUGGUCAAGACGAGAAAUGAGAGCUGCACAAUUAAACGUGUUGCUCUGGUUGUGGCCGGCUUGAAAGGGAUCUCAUUAGAGGAGGUCUCACGGGCGGCGUGGAAUAACAGUGUUAGGAUGUUCGGUUUAGGGGUACAGGGCCAGUGAUAUAGAGAACCUUUUGCUUAUGCCUUACUAUAGAAUAUCGAGUACAUAGAAAUAUGCGCACAUACAUACAUGGGAUUCACGUUCGAGCAGACGCUAUACCUUUAUACGUACAAUACAUUUAAUCUCGAUAGUUGAGACGUGACGGAUAAUUCACAAGUGUAAAUGGUAUCUCCUCGAGUACAUGGGUGAGCGAAG